AUGACCAUGGCGAUGCGGCAACUGACGUUGGACGAGCUCAACCGAGCCGCCCUCGACCAGUUCGUAUACCAGCCCGUGAGCCGCGACAUGAUUGCAUAUCUCGCCGACGCGGCUCACAACGUCAUCACAUGCGACUCGGCCUUGAUGCCGUCGGGCUGCUCAGAGCAAUCUCGGGAGAAGCAACAGCAACGGCACCUCCCUCCCACUCCUCCGAGGAGUCCCGGGUCGCAAGCGGUCCAACCUGUCGACAACACCUUGCCCACCCUCGAAGAGUUCAUCACCCAGCUGGUCGUGUCAUCCAACGUUCAGGUCCCGACUCUCAUGUCAACCUUGAUUUACCUGACCCGCCUCAAGUCGAAGCUCCAACCCAUGGCUCGUGGCCUGCGAUGUACUACACACCGCAUCUUCCUCGCCUCGCUCAUCCUAGCUGCCAAGUACCUCAACGAUAGCUCGCCAAAGAACAAGCACUGGGCCAACUAUACACACAUCAACACCGACGUGUACAGCUUUGGUUUCAACCGCACUGAGGUCAACCUGAUGGAAAAGCAACUGCUAUUCCUCUUGGAGUGGGAACUGAGAAUUUCCGAGCAAGACCUGUACCGGGAGCUGGAUUCAUUCCUCGAGCCUCUCCGCACUCGCAUUGCCGAGAGACACGUCCGGAAAAUGCGCCAUCGUGAGGAGAAGAGACGACUGCAAGAGGCAAAUGCUCGAUAUCCCACCCCCCCAGCCUCGCGAGGCCAAUCUCGAUGCCGAAAUGCCAGCCCCGACACUGUCCGCUCUGCCAGCGGCGGCUCCAUUACGCCUCCCGGCCUCACUUACAGCAGCUCGGCCAGUUCAUAUGCCUCGUCCAUCACGUCGAGCAGGCAGCAAUCUCGCUCUGCGACCCCGCUGGAGUCUAAUCCAUCUCCCUACAUGUACGAGGUUUCGCAGGCGCAGGACAGCCUAUACGACUCCCCCGUUCAUGUAGUCAUGGAGGCGGACUUUGCCAAGUCUGUGCCAGAUGUCGCUCAUCCCGGCAACCGCAUGCUCCCGUACGAAAUGUCUGUUGAGCAGUACCAGCAACUCCACGACGCUUCGGCCAAGAAGCGACACAAGCGGGGAAUGUGGGAAAGACUACUCGGCGGCGCCGUUGCCGUGCGAUGA